AUGGAGGAAACUGGCACUGAAUUUUAUCGACGCUCAGAACAAACGUACUCUGAUAUCAUUGCUGCGAAUCGUGAAGCACGCCACAAGCCGAAAUCACCGGAGAUCCCAGAACAUACCGAAGAUACUCAAGAUACCGGGGAUAUUGAAGACUCAAAACGAAAGAGGCGGCGUCGGCACUCUAGUGAAAGGGGAAAGGGGCGCAAUGAUAGCAGUCCGGUGCAAAAUGUGGCCCGUGAGGUUGAUAAACUUGUGCUACCGGAGCCACAAGAGCUCUCGGGUUCCUCGCAUGAUUCCUCACCCGAAUCAGUCAAGCCAGUCAAACAAAGCGAACCAACACAGAAAAGCAGCCCAGGAAAGCGCUUGUCCCAGUCACCGCACAAAGUCAGUGGUCCGGAACCACUAGGUGCUCUGCCUGUUCAACCAGUGAUUGUCCUAGCGGAUGAUUCGGAAACUCGAACCCCUCGACCUGUUGAACCUCCUAGGCCUGUUCAACCUUCACCUCGGCCUGUUCAACCGGCGGAAGUUCCAGCGGAUGACCCGAUUGUCCAAAUCAUGAUCACAUCCGAAAUUGCGAACACCAAACCAUUACUCGUCCAUCGAAAAAUGUCACAGCGGCUCAGGGAUGUGCGGUUGGCAUGGUGCAGUCGCCAAAAUUUCGAACCCCAUAUACAGGCAUCAAUCUACCUGACCUGGAAGGGCCGACGUCUAUUCGACGUGACAACUUGCAGGAGUCUAAAUAUAAAUACCAGGAAGAACUCUGCAGCGAUCCCUGGCAUUGAUGAUGACGACUUUGCAGACCAGAAAGAGCUGCGCAUACAUAUGGAAGCGGUUACCGAUUUACCUCUCCCGGUCAAUCAGCAAAUUACCUCGCCUGAUAAUGAAAAGCCCCCUACAGCGUCACAGUCCCCAGGAGCUGACCAGGGCGAGCCAAUGAAACUUAUUUUGAGGAGUCUUGAACACGACGAUUUCAGAAUCAAAGCAAGGUCGAAAACCCUGAUCUCGCGACUUAUAUCGGCUUUCCGGGAGAAACAGAAUAUUCCUGUGGACAACGACAUCUUUCUCUUGUUUGAUGGGGACAAACUCGAUCCCAAUUCAUGUCUUGGCGACUACGACAUUGACGAUCUAGAUCUGCUGGAUGUCCAAAUCAAAUAA